GGAGUAGUGUGAGAAGAAAGAGGUACCGUCUUUGAGCGCGAAAAAAGUGGAUUGAAUAUCGAAACAAAGACAAAAAACAGUUAUAGCAUAAGGGAAUACAAUAGAACACAAUCUCAUAUGCCACAACAUCACACAGAGGGAGGGAGAAGGAAAAACAAAAAACAUAAUUGAGAGGAAUGGCGCAGGUGCAACCUGAACAGAAGAUCCAUGACAACUCAGAAAAAGACACCCAAGAAACUGGCAACUCCAGCUUCAAAUUCAAUGCCCAAGCGCCCGAAUUCGUGCCAAGAUCGCAAUCCCAGAUGCCGAUUUCGGGUUAUUUCUAUCCUUGUUUCCAGAUUCUCGGUGGCUGUGGUGAUUCUGAUUGGUUCUUAGUUGGGGACCAGGAUCCUUCUUGUUUGAUCCCCACCGCCAGUGUUGCGCUUCCCAAUUCCUCCAAGAAUAUCCUCACCCCCGAUCUUCAGCAAAAGAUCGUCAAACAGGUGGAAUAUCAGUUCAGUGACAUGAGUUUGCUAGCAAAUGAAUCUUUCCAGAAACAGAUGAAUAAAGAUCCUGAAGGAUAUGUUCCAAUAACCGUGAUUGCGUCUACUAAAAAGGUUAAAUCCCUCGUUAAUAACAUUCAUAUGCUUACUCAAGCUAUCCGUUCAUCUUCAAAACUUGUUUUGAGCGCUGAUGGCAAGAAGGUUAAACGCAAACAUCCUUUCACUGAUAAGGAAAAAGAAGACUUGCAGUCUCGCACUGUUGUUGCAGAGAAUUUACCUGACGAUCAUUCCCAUCAGAAUCUUCAAAAAAUUUUUAGCACAGUUGGAAGCGUGAAAACGAUUAGAAUAUGCCAUCCUCAGGAGGCUAAUACUUCUCGCCCAAAGUCUGAUUUCUUCGUUAGUAACAAGCUUCAUGCACUUGUGGAGUAUGACACAUCAGAUAUAGCUGACAAAGCUGUUGAGAAGUUAAAUGAUGAAAGGAAUUGGAGGAAAGGGAUGCGAGUAAGGCUGCUCCUAAGGUGCUCGCCCAAAUCUGUUCUGAAGAGUAGAAAGUCUGAAUUUGAUGGAUAUCUAGAAGAUGACGAGAUUCUAAAUUCUGAAAGUGCUGAAGAUCCUUCUCACUCAAACAAUGCUGAAUUGUUCGAUACAAAUGUUGAUGAAAACUCGGUAGGAUCUAAGAAAGGAUGGGCUAGAGGACGUGGAAAGGGAAGAGGACGCACUCAAGGUCGUGGCCUGCUUGCUCCACCCUUUCAAUCAAGCAGCACUGCUCUGUGUGAUGCUCAUACUAAGCCCAAUACCAAGGGCCCAAGAAUGCCAGAUGGGACAAGAGGAUUCACCAUGGGACGUGGAAAGCCGAUUAGUUCUUCUGCUCUAGUCGUCUCAUCUCAAGACUGAUGGGUAUUUCUCAAGUUUUUCCCUUUCCUAUAUAGUCAACUUUAGGAGACUUCUCUGUAUUUCUUCACCACAGAAUUCAUGGGCAGCAAAAGUGUUUUAGAAGACCCUAUUAUGUGGGCUACAUGGGUAGUUCCAAUUUUUUUAGAUUUUACCACUUUAGUAAUAAUUCAAGAUGUAUAUUGUUAUAUGGCAUGGUCGUCCCUGGCCACAAAGAUCCUAAAUUUCUGCUUUCUUAGUUUUCAAUUUAGUGAGAGGGGGUUUAUUGCUUUUAAUGUCAGAAAUAAGUGCUUAUUAUUAUUGUACACUAAAACGUUUUUGAGAUUGAAUAAGAGACUUAGGUGUCAAA